UACACAAAAGGGAUAAGUGAAUGAAUAAAUAAUGGAAAAAUGGAUUUAUCAGUUAGAAAGUCGAACUGAAAGGGCAAAGGAAUCUCAGUUUGGAUGAACUCAGCUGGGAUUCUUGUAGUAGAUUGUUUAAGUUGAAGUAAUAUGACAAUUACACAGGUUUAGAUGGCUCAGGAGAAAACUAGUGCAUCAAGCCCUGCAAAUCCAAGUGAAGAAAAGGCUAAUGAGCAUCCUAAUUUUCUGACUGAAGGAUUGCGUAAUUUCACCUCAUACUUCCCCAAGUAUGUUAAGCAGUUUAGUUUUACAAAAUUGAAGAAGAAUGACCAUUUCAGAUCCUCUGAGUUAUCUGCUAGAAACAACAAAGAGUUGUCUACUACGAGUUUGAGUUUAGAGAGGCAAAUGGAAGCAUGGAAACACAAUCCAGAGUGGGUGGAACGUCCUCCGUGUAUAAAGGUAACCAUCCCUAAAGGUUCUCUUUCAUGCCUUAGUGUGAGUGUUGAUGUUGGGUUGCCUCCGGAUGCUGUAUACAACAUUGUGACAGACCCUGACAAUAAGAGAGUAUUCAAAAACAUCAAGGAAGUAAUUUCUAGAAAGGUAUUAGUGGAUGAAGGAUUAAGGCAGGUGGUGGAAUUGGAGCAAGCAGCAAUUUGGAGAUUCCUCUGGUGGUCGGGAACAAUCUCCGUUCAUGUUUUAGUCGACCAAAACAGAGAAGAUCAUUCUAUGAAGUUCAAACAGAUAAAAUCAGGAUUCAUGGAAAAAUUUGAAGGUAGCUGGAAAAUGGAGCCUUUAUUUGUGGAUGAAGAGCUCUGCCAUCCCUUCAAACCGAAUUCUGUGGCGGAGUACGUCUCUUUCAGCAAUGGCGUAGGAAGGAUCGCAUCAAGGUUGAAGCUAGAGCAGCUGAUACAGCCGGCCAUUGUUCCUCCUCCGCCCAUUUCCUGGUACCUCAGAGGGAUCACUACAAAGACCACUGAAAUGUUGAUCACCGAUUUGCUUGCUGAAUCUGCCCGAAUCAGGCAAGCUUCCGGCAAUGGAGAUGAUGGAGAACCCACAGAAAAUGGACAAGACCAUGUGCAUAAAAACAUCAAAGAGAGAUGGGCAGUCAGGAGAAAAACUGCAAGGCAUUCCCAUAGAAGGUUGUUCUUGAAUUCAAAGCUCUCUUAAGUUUAUCUCAUUCCACUGAUCAUUCAUGAUGAAAGUGCAUAAAAGUUGAAUCUCA